GAGCCGCGCAGCCCUUCCUGCCUCCACAGGGGGCAGAAAUCAGUGGCUGGCUGCUGCUUGGGAUACUUCCCUUUCCCCUGUCCUGCCGCUGUAGUACUGCACUAGAAACUUAGGAAGAAGGGGUUUUACCACAGCGAGCGCGGGAAGGGACCAUCGACGGAGAGUCGCCUCACGGAACCGUCUGCCUCCUCAGUCCAAACCAAGAGGCAGCCUUCCGUCUUCUGUGCGUGUUGGAGAUGUCCGGCGGGAGUAGACAGAGGAAAACCGGCUCCUCCUGGCACAGUAGCUUCUCCCGACUUUUCACUAGGAGCCCUUCCAAGGAGCAGGAGGAAGAGGGCAAAGCAGCUUCUCAGCGGCAGAGCGCACGCAGCUUUGAAACCAAGCAAAAUGAAUGUACCAGCACAGAAUAUCAAAGAAAGGAAAGCACCCCUCUCCCAGAGCUGCUAAAGAUUUCAGUCUGUGAAAAUAAGAACCUCUCAACAGAAGAGCUGAACAUAUCGACCACUCAGGAGGAAUUAAAGAAAGCUAAUAGCCUUCCUAGUUUAGUUCAUGAAGGCAAAACUGCCAAUAAUGACAGACAGACCAAAGAAGGAUUUUUUCAGUAUCUUGGGAGUUUAUUUGGUAUUGCUUCAAAAUCAUCCAACAGAGAAACUGAGCAUUCCAACUCUGGAGAUGGAUACAACAGAACUGGAAAACACUUUGCAACUCCAGUUAGCCAUGAGGAAGUUGGACGUGCUGACCAUCCGAAGCCAGAAAUAUUUGUUAUUUCAACUCCUGGAAGUGAACAGACAGCAUCAAACAAAAAUGAAGAUACUAACUUUGUUAAAAGCACUAGUUCUGGCUCACAGAAUUUGCAGAAAGCACAGGAGCAAACUGCUGAAGCAUCCAAAAAAGCAGAAUGUGAGCUGGAGGCACCUGCAGUUACUUAUGCAACGUAUCGAGGCUCUGCAAGGAUUAAGCAAUUGCUUAAAAAGCAAGCGGAACUGGAGCAAGAAAAACAAACCUCAACCAGUACUAAUAAUUCUGCAGUCAAAAACAAAGAAAAUUGUACUGUAACACUUCCAAACUCAGAAACUACUGCAACAAAAACAGGAUUCUCAUUAAAAAAUAGUUCAGAAUCUGAGACUAAAGAUUACAAAAGGGAUUCACAAGUAAACAUAUUUUUGGCAGAAGUGGAUUCUGAGGGAAAUGCUCAGGAUGUCCAGGGUAGUAGUGAGCACAAGGAACUGAACAACAAGAUUACCUUGUUGACAGAAAUGGAAACCAUCAAACCUUGUAUUGAAGAACUAGUUUCUAUGAAAUGUGCAUUUGUUUCCAACACACCAGAACUUAAUAGGAAUCUUCUGUUGGAGCCAACACUGUUGCAAAAGGAUGCCAGCUCCAGUUGCCAGAAUAUAGAUCCUGUUAGUAUGAGUUCAGAAAAUAGCAGAUUGGUUGAAAAGGGAGAGGAGGUGUUAGGGGAAAUACAAAUGCACAUUCAGUCAAACAAUGCUACCACUGUUGGUUUUCACAAAGGAAUGCAUUUUUGUGCUUUUUCUAACACAGGAACAAAAGAUACAAUGCAAAAUGAAUUUUUAUCUCAUCCUAAAGUAGACUUAACUGAUGAUGAACAACAAUUGCUAGAAAAUAAAUGUCCUUUUAAUAGCUGGACUGUGGAUCAGCUCAAAUUAAAAUCAGAGAACCAGACAUUGUAUUUGAAAAGCAUUAUGGGCACUGGACAGACAGUUAGCAGGGUAGAAAAUGAAUAUGAAGAUUCACACAAAAAUGUGACUCAACAGACGGAGCAAAGCCUGCAAACCAUUUCAACAAAUGGACACUUGCCUCUCCAUGAACAAAAAGCUGGAGAAGAAUUGUCACUUUUGCAGGAUACAAAAAGCAAUAAAGCUAAUAAAUCGGUAGGAGUUGAUCUAUCUGUUUCAGCCCAAUCCCCAGAAACUGUUCAAGAUGCAGAUAUGCUUGGCAAAGGUGGUCUAAAGAGUGAAGAAGCCACUGAGUCAGUGAUACUUACAGUUAUACAAAACAAUCAUAAUUUCUCCAUGAUUUCUGAGAAUGGAGCUAAUAAUUUUACCACAGAGAAUUUUUAUAUGCCUGUGGCAAAGUCUGACAGUGUUGGAAUGACAGAUGUUUUUCUUAAUGCAACAGAGAUAAAUCAUGCCAAUACAUCUUUGUCAGCUGUUGAAUAUGAAAAUAUAGAUUCUAGUGUGGCAUAUACUCCCUUAGAAACAGGUGAUGCCAGCACUGAGGUGGCUGUGGUGCCUAUGGAUGAGACCCCUCUUAUCCUUGAAACUAAAUUUGACAGCUGCCAUCAUCUUGCCAAGAGAACUGAGAGUGAAACAUCAACCAGUUUAGAUGUUUUUCUUCCUCUCCUUGAAGACAAAACAAAGUCCCUUGAAUUAGAGAACUCAAGGCUUAGAAACAACACAGGAUCUGUAGCUAUGGACAAACCUAUUCCAUCACUUCUUAAAACAACAGAAGUUGUGAUAUCUGCACAAAAAAACAACCCAUUAGUCGAUGACAUAAGAAAUCAUACUGACGUGGAAAUGUCUUUUCCUGCUUUUGAAACUGAAGAGGGCAUCACAAUUGGUCUAUCUCCUGUAUCUUCUUCAAAAGACAUGCGCUUACCCAAGGGCUCUCCUCUUAUUACAGAACCAGAAGAAAACAGUUCUUCAUCAGUUUCUUCUCCACUACCUGCAUUGAUCAGUAACUCUUCAAUCUUUGAAGAUAACAAAAUCCUUUUGGACACUAUGUCUAAACCUGUGUUUAAUUCUGAAAAUCAGAGUUUGUUGGAGUCUUCAUGUUCUUUAGCUGAUAAACAGGAAAGACCUAAUCAGUCUGUGAGAUCUCCAGCUGUAAUUGAUUCUGCAGGGACUAACUUUGGUAAAAUAUGUUGUUCUGUCUCUAUAUGUGAAAAUAGCCGUGUUAUCUCAAAGUCAGAGGUCUAUGGACCUGGGAACCUUCUUGCUGCUGAAUCUGGGUAUGCAGAUCACAUUCCUGAUGCCUUUCUGGAAUCUGAAAACAUUUCUGAAACUAAAGUUACAUCUGACACUCUGGAAAUUGCUGUUGUUAGAAGUGAGAUUUUACCAUGCUCUGAAGAAAUGAAGGAUAUGUCUGGAUCUUGUUUGAUAGAUUCUUGCUGUCACCUGGUAAAAGAGGAUCUUUCUGUUUUUACAUUUGAAAAUGUAUAUACUUGCAAAUCUGCUUCUUCUACUACUUGCUUUAAAGACAUUGCAAAAUUUAGUUCUCCUACCUGUGAAACAACAGAUUUUGUCCUAGACAAAAUUCAUUUUAUUCCUAUUGGUUCUGAACAGAUAAAGGGCAAGGUUUCACCUGAACAUAAAUCAAAUACUCCACCCUCUGAAGCAACUUUGGAAACUACUUCCCCAGUCCCAUUUUUGUCUUCUGCUGCCUAUGAUGUGGAAGAUAUAGAACCUGUGAAGAUAGUAUUAGGAAUGUCUUUCAAUACACAGCAGAGCAAAGAGGUGCACAGAACUCCUUCAGGUCAAUUACAUCUUCACUAUCUUGCAGCUGCUACUUCAGAAAAUCCUGUUGAAAUGGAUGAUCAAGCAAUUACAACUUUGUUUACAAAAUCAAGCAGCCAGUUUUCCAAAGAACCAGUGAAAGAUGUUGCAACAGGAAAGCAAGUACAAAUUAAAUCCAAAGACUUAACUGUUUUGUUUAAAAAGGCUGAUGAAAUAGUUGAUGCAGUUCUGCAUUUAGCCAUAGAAGAAAUAAGAUCAAAGCCAGCUGCUGAUGUCUGUCAGACUAAUGACAUUAAGGACAAUUUGUUAGGGCCUAGCCUUCAAAAAGAUCAGAAAACUAGAAAAAUGCUGUCAGAAUCAAAAGAAAUACAGUCAAGGAAAUCAUCAAAAAAACAUUUUAAUGAGAGUUGUAUCAGAAAGCUUUCAGAAGUUAAAGGGAACAACACACUUGGCACAAAUAUUAAAGAUGAAAAAAUACCAUUGGACAUUAUUGAUAAAGUUGACCUACAUAGCUCAAUAGCACUAAAAGCAAAAGAAAUAGUUGAUGAUGUUAUUAGUGCAGCCAUACAAAAAGUGACAUAUAAUCAGCAUGAGCAGCAUCUGAGCAAGGGCAUUCUUCAAAAUACAGCCCUGUCUAACACUGAAGCAUCAAGGAGGCUUACUACUGACACUGAAUUAGCAGCUAAACUUCCGAAAAUAAUUGAACCCUUAAAUUUAAGUCCAGUAUAUGCAGCUUCAGUAUGCAAUAUGAUCAAUGAGGGUAAGGUAGCGAGUUCCUCAGCACCUUUGUAUAUUAAUAUUAAAGAAGACAACGAGGUAACAAAUGGAGACCUGAUACCAAGUAAGGUGUGUUCAUGCCAAAAAAAUGAAGAUGACUGGUCUGAUCCCACAGCUACACUAGAAUCCAGCCCUGCAGAAAUAGAUAAUAGCAAUAACAGUAAAGAUGCCAAUUGUGCUAUGUACAAGACAGUUUCUGGUGACAAAACUAAUAACUGGACAGCUGACAAUAAAUCUGAGUAUUCCUUAUAUGCAAUAAAUGGAGAUACUGUAAUGGCUGAAGAGCAAUUGCCACCAUGCCCAUUUGUGCCAGAGACCCUGCUACCUUCUACUUCAAAUGUUGAUACAUACACCUCACUUUCUGGAAAAUCUAAAGAUGAAUCUGACCCUUUAGGUUCACGUAGAAAUAAUGCAGUGAAGGAUCUUCCUGAAUACAUUUUUAAAGAGGGUGACUCUGUGAGGGUUGUAAGAGAGGAACUGUAUGAAAAAUAUUAUGAAAUAGACAGUGAAAAGGACUAUGGCAAAAUGAAGAAAGCUUACACAGCGGCACAGUAUGAUAAUAGAUUGGGUACCCAAUUCAGUGUAUCUGAAUCAUCCGUAGUGAACAGCUCAGCAAAGAUUGGCUUGAAGUCAGAUUUUUCCUGUAAGGAAGAAAUAGUAAUUGAGACAGGUUUAACUAUGGCUAAUGUGCUCAAGGAAUAUUAUCUAGAUGUUGAUUAUGAUCAUGGAAAUGGAGAGAAAUCCCCAAAGAUUUUUGCUUCUUCACCACCAGAAGAGUGGGAAGGCAACUCUUCCUUCACCAUUUUGUAUGAAGGUGCUCUUCAAGAUGAAAGUUACUUCUUUUCAACAGAAGAACCAGAGCAUCCCUUAUCAUUCCUUCCUGACCAAUUCCUGGAUAAUAGUCAAGAUCUUACAAUGUGUAAUACAGCAAAAGGCAAACUUGAGUUUGUCCAUCCUUGUGAACAAAGCAACCAAUUAAGCAAGAUGUUAGAUGAGGCUUGUUCAGAAUCAUUCAUAACAGCGGAAGCAAAGCGAUACAAGGUUUACCCCUUCUCUUUGUCUCCUAUAUAUGAAGAUGACAGUUCCCAAGAGGACUUGCUGUCUACUGACGUCUCACCAGAAGGUCAUCCGAUUGAAAAAUCAAGAGACAACCAACCCUUGUCAGUCUUAUCACUUCUUCAAUCAGUGUCUGAACGGUUAAAAUCUAGUAAUCAGUAUAAUGAAGAAGAGGAAGAGAAUAUUUGUGAAGAAAACAAACUAGAGGAUGAAAAAGAAGCAUAUAUUUCUAGUCAGAGACCAAACAGCUUAUAUACAGCAAUCUCAGAAAACAUUCAUGAGAGGAGACACUUGCAUUCUCUUUCUAAGGAAGCACUUAGCACAGAAGAGACCUUAUCUCUUAAUUCAAUGCAUUCAGCUCAGCUUUUACAAAAACCUAACGCUGACAUAAAUUCUUUUUCAAAGAGUAUGUACUAUGAAUGCUUCCAGAGUUCAAGAAGUUACUCAAGUGAGAAGGGAACCAGAUUUAGAAGCAUUUUGGGGCCAAAGGAUCAACAGCCUGAAAGUAGUGGUUUGCAAAAACUGGCAACUUUUCAAGUGUGUCCUGUUGACAGGGAAAGACUCAAAUGCAAUCCAAGACCAGGAAAAAUGGUUAUUUGUGAUGUUCAUGGCAACACAAAUGAAAUUUACCAAGAUGUGGUAGAUGCUACAGCCUGGGUGUUUUCAAAAGAAGCAUUGAUCAGAGUUGUUAGAGGAUGCUGGAUUUUGUAUGAGAAACCAGGAUUCCAGGGUCAGAAAUAUGUUCUAGAAGAAGGGGAGAAGAUGCUGAAUGAGCUAUUGAAUCCUCACAGUGAAAAACAUCAAGGAAACUCCAUAGUUGGUUCGAUCAGACAAGUAGCGAAGGAUUGUAGUGUUCCUGAGAUUGAGCUUUACCCACAAGAUGGCACAGAUCAUGGUCCUAUCUGCAUCCAAAGUGCAAUUACUAAUUUAGAAGAAAUGGAAGUCAAAACAUGUUCUUUUUCUGUGAAAGCAGGAGUAUGGCUUGCCUAUUCAGACAUUAAUUACAAAGGAGAGGUGAUGGUUUUGGAAGAAAAUCACAGCCCAUGUGAAAUUACAACAGCUGAUGUAAAAUCUCUUCAUCCAUUGAAAAUGGGUGGCCUAAAGGUUCAGAUGCCUAUGAAUGUUAAAAUGAUAAUAUAUGAGAGACCAUAUUUUGGAGGAUGGCAUAAAGAGCUUUCUGAAAAUACUGAUUGUUUUCCAACACUUUUUGAAAAUGCUGAUGAUUUUCAGGGAAUUGGAUCUAUACGUAUAAUUGGUGGAAUAUGGGUUGCUUAUGAUAAGGAACGAUAUAAAGGCCAGCAGUACCUGUUGGAGGAAGGAGAAUAUGAAGAUUGGAAAGCUUGGGGUGGAGUGAACAGUGUGCUGCUAUCUUUUCGAUUUUUGCAAGCUGAUUUUAUGGAGUCUGACGUAACACUUUUUGAAACUGAAGAGGAAAAUGGCAAGUUGUUGGACAUUGUCAAUCAAGAAGUUCCUGAUUUGGAACAGGCUGGGUUUGGAGUAGUGACAAGAUCAGUAAAUGUGAAGAGUGGAGUGUGGGUCGCCUAUCAGCAGAAGUACUUCUGUGGAGAAAAGUAUAUAUUGGAGAAAGGAAAAUAUAAAUGUUUUUUUGACUGGGGAGGAUCUAGUGAAACUAUUAUGUCAAUUCGUCCAAUUAAGUUGGAACCACUAGGAAGUCAUGAACCUGUACACUGGAUUAAAGCUUUCAGUAAUGCUCAUUUCCAAGGAUCAUGUAUAGACAUUACAACAAAGGUUGAUGAUUUUGUAUCAUUCACACCUUGUUCUUUUAAGGUUCUUCGGGGAUGUUGGUUACUACAUUAUCAGGGGAAAACUGAUGCUGAUCAGUGUGUGCUGGAAGAGGACCUCUAUACUGACCUUGCUUCCUGUGGUUGUCCACCAGCUGCAAUCAAGUCCCUUAAGCCUCUUGAAUAUGUUUUUGCUGAGCCCUUCAUCAGUCUUUUUGCUUUGGACAAUUGUGAAGGGAGAGAGCUGCACUUGCAAGAAGCUGUCAGUUCAGUUCUGAAUAAGGACCUUCAUUUUCUUAUCCAGUCUGUGUGGGUAAGAAGUGGACUGUGGAUUGCAUACGAAGGAUGUAAUUUCUUAGGGAACCAACUUCUACUUGAACCCAGCAAGAUUUCAAACUGGACUCAAUAUAGUGGCUGGAAAGUAAUUGGCUCCCUUCGCCCUGUAAAGCAGCCAGCAGUAUACUUUAGAAUAAAAAACAGAUACCAAGAUAAAUACUUGACGGUUGCUGGAAAUCUAAUGGAUGCAAGAGCUACAUCAGUAUGUCUUUCCCCAUUAAAUGGCAAGUCUACUCAGAUCUGGCGCUACAGGUCUGGACUCAUCAAGUCCAAGGUGAAUGAUGCUUGUCUUGAUGUCAUUGGAGGCAGAGAUGUUCCUGGAGCUAAAGUAGCAUUGUGGGUAGAGCAUGGGAAGGCAAGACAGAAGUGGAUGCUCAGCAAGGACGGGACCAUCAACUCAUACCUCAAUGACCAACUUGUUCUUGAUAUCAAAGGAGGGUAUUAUUAUGACAGGAACUACAUUGUUGUAAACCGGCUUGACACCAGUGAAUGCACACAGAGAUGGGACUAUGAAAUAUUGUGAGUGUGUCUCACUCCACUAUAUUUAAAAAUAUGGACCAACGUGGGCUGAAAACACUAUUGAACAAACUACUGAAGUCAUACAGCACUGGGACAUAGUAUAGAAUGUGUCAGACUUUGGUAGGCAGGGAAUCUAAACUUGUCAAAUGUUUUAAGUAGGCAAUGGAAAGCUAAUCUUAUAUUUUCUAGUUUACACCUAUGGACAGAUACGCUACACAGGAGCAAUGGCAUAUUCAGCAGUGUCCUAUUAAGGCUUAACAACCAAUACUAUAGGCUACAGUGGUGAUUAUACAAAUGUUCUCUACUUAAUCAUUUUUUGUUUCUGUAAAAAAAUCUAGUUUUUCAACCUCUUUUCCUCAUGUAAGAGCUAAAAGACAACAAGUUAACAUUUGAACUGAAAUGCAUCUCUUACAGUUUUAAUUUGCAGGUGGAAGUUUUUUAAUUAUUGCAGUAUUUUCCCCACUGGUGUAUAGAACUGCAUCCUAGGCCACAGCAAACAGAAAAAAGGGGGCGAGAGAAAUUUAGAUCAGGAAAACAGCAUGCAGGGUGAGAAGGAUUAAAGCACUGUUACUCCCAUCCAGUUCAGGGGCCCCAUGCCAUUGCUUUUAAAUAAAAAAAUAUAUAUAUGGUGUAAGAGCAGUUCAUCUAUUGUCCAUGUAAGGUGUAUUUUGACCCGGAGUGAUUCUUGUAGUGUUUUCCACCUGAUAAUUGUAGCUGAAUGUAUAAAACUGCUGUCAUUAAUGUUAUCACAAGUAACAACAGGGAGGUAAAAGCUCUACCCAAAAUAAGUCACAAUCCAGCCAUAGUUAAGCACUUUAAUCUCACUAAUUUUUAAUUAGGGAGAUUUAAGCAUAUGCUUAGUUAUGUUAGUCAUUAAUUUUGGCUGGAUUGUGCCCUGUUUUUUCUUCCAUCUGUGAUUAUUCCUCAAUAAAUUAAAUAAUUAAAACUAGAACACCAAAAGCAGUCACAUAAACUUAUUUCCAUUCUGUAGCAAAGUUCAUCCACCAGAUGAUAGUGCUGAAUGAAUCAUGUUCACAUAUCUGUAUAGUUUUACUUAUGCAAGUUCUAAAAAAAACUUUCAAGAAAAAUCCAAAAUUUGUUCAUAGCUCCUAGUGUAAAGGGAUAUGAGAAUUCCAGAAGAUAAAUUCAGACUUUGCAUCCUGAGAGGUCAUUUCUACCUUUCAUUACUGCACCCGUGAUAGGCAUUGUUUUACACAACUCAAGAUUUAAAUUGUGGUUUAAAACUAGUUCACAAUCUUAACACUGCAAGUGUUACUUGCAGUUGUCCACCCCAGUUCUAAGUAACACAUGUGGAACAGUCAGGUCUGUAUGCCUGAAGCCCUUUUAUUCAAAAUCUUUCUGAGUGGCUGCUUUGCCAGGGAAGGGGAAGGAUUGGGGACUGAAUUUAGCACAAUUUUAACCAUUUUAAAGGACUUUAGAUAUGCCACAUCACCUGUUGUUGGAAAGGGAAACCACAUACAGUAUUCAGGGUCUGUUUGCACAUAUGGUUUUCCAGGCACCUGUGUUACGCACUUGGAAACUGAAUCGGGGCACUUGUGGUCAGUACUGUUAAAAAAAAAGUGAUUUCUUAAAUAUAUUUUUGGAAACAAAUGAAAAUCAACAUUGCUUAGCUAAAACCAAAAGGUGCAAAGAUUUCCCUUCUUUUUACAGUUGCAUAAUUAUGGUGUGAAGUCAAAGAAAAGAAAAAACGCAAGGCUGCAAAUUUAUCUCUAGAAAAAAAUAAAAUCUUAGAAAAUCUCUAUUUUUAUAUGAAGAUAUGGCAUUCUUAAUUUAUUAAAAUCUACCUAAGGACUUGAUCCACAACUCAGCUGCAUUGUGCCACUAACCACGACACACAUGCAGUCUGGAGAUACAGAGCCCCACAGGCCCUGCAGCAUCUGUCAUUGGUUUCAACAGCUGAUAUAUUACAGGGCACCCUGGGCUUCUGGGCACAAACUGUUGCAGUAGAGCACAUCAAUAACAACAAUCUCAUUAGCUGUUGUAAUCUUUGGAUCCUAAAGGAAACCUAGUUUUGCUAGAGCUAAGGAAGCUAUGCAAGCUGAAAUGCUGAAUGUGUGUUUGGAUUGCAUCCUAAUAGCACUUUAGUUUGUAAAAUAAAUCAUGUAUUUACUUUUUGCCUCUUAUAUAUAUAUAUAUAAUUAGGAUCUUUAGGUGUAUUUUCAUCUGAAGCACUUAUUUAAUAGACAGAAUUUCUAUGUUAUACUAUAUAACAAACAAUUCUUGGCUACAUUAAUAUUAUACCUUUUUUUAAAAAAUGUGCUUUCAAGCCUAUGUAAAAUCCAGUCAUACUCAAUACGAUCGUCUCAUCUGGUAUAUCAGUGUUAUGCAACUAUGGCUACCAUCGAAAACCCACUUAUUAGAAAGUAAACCUAAUUGGCCAGAGUAACCAUGAAUAGAACACAAUUAAAUGCAGCAGAUUUUUAGAAAAUGAUCUACUCCUGCCACAGGCACAGCUCCCACAAGUAAAGGAUUUCUAGAUGAUUCUCUGAAACACCAGUAAUUUCGUUGGUCAAGGUGGUAUUGGGGACCAACACAGAGCUCUGUUCAGCCUGUGGGAGUAUUUCCAUACAAAAGGCUUGUACCCACAAAAAGACUGAAACUUGGCCAUAGAGUUUAGUGGAACAUUGUGACUGGAAUCUAUGUACAAAUAUUUGUAUUGUAUAAUAUAGUGCUGAAUGGAAGAGGGAAGGAUUGCCUUUAGCCUGUUCAUGGUGUAUUUAUCUCAAACUGCAAUAAACUUUUUUAAAAAUAUGCAAGGGCAAUUUUCUCCUAAAACUUAGAAUGCCAGUUAUCACAUUUUGUCCAAAAGUGGCCUUCAAUGUAGUGUAUAUAGAUAUUUCUC